CGGCUCCCGCGGGGCGCAGCGCGGCAGGGCGCGCUCCCGGCUGCGGUCAGCGCUCCGGCAUCCCCAGGUGCUGGCAGCGGCGGACGAGGGCUGGACAUCGCCUCCCUGGCAGCUGCAGGAGCCCAGCGCAGCCUCAGACCGUUGCACCGAGAAGGAGAAGCUCUGCAAGUUUUUCUCAAUGACUCUAUAGCCAACUGAUGUAACAAUGGUACUAAUAUUGGGACGCAGACUGAACAGAGAGGAGAGCGGGAUACGAGAUUCCCCUGCAACCAAGCGGAAAGUCUUUGAAAUGGACCCAAAGUCCUUGUCAGGCCCUGAGUUUUUCGACUUCUCCUCGGGAUCGUCCCACGCAGAGAGCAUUCUCCAGAUCUUCAAUGAAUUCCGCGACAGCCGCCUGUUCACGGACGUCAUCAUCUGCGUGGAGGGCCGCGAGUUCCCGUGCCACCGCGCCGUGCUCUCGGCCUGCAGCAGCUACUUCAGAGCCAUGUUCUGCAACGACCACAGGGAGAGCAGGGAGAUGCUGGUGGAGAUCAACGGCAUCUUCGCCGAAGCCAUGGACUGCUUCCUGCAGUACGUGUACACGGGCAAGGUGAAGAUCACCACGGAGAACGUGCAGUACCUGUUCGAAACGUCGAGCCUGUUCCAGAUCAGCGUCCUGCGCGACGCCUGCGCCAAGUUCCUGGAGGAGCAGCUGGAUCCCUGCAACUGCCUGGGCAUCCAGCGCUUCGCCGACACGCACUCGCUCAAAACGCUCUUCACCAAGUGCCGCAACUUCGCGCUGCAGACCUUCGAGGACGUGUCCCAGCACGAGGAGUUCCUGGAGCUGGGCAAGGACGAGCUGAUCGAUUACAUCUGCAGCGACGAGCUGGUGAUCAGCAAGGAGGAGCUGGUGUUCGAGGCCGUCAUGCGCUGGGUGUACCGCGCCGUGGAGCUGCGCCGGCCCGUGCUCCACGAGCUGCUGACACACGUCAGGCUCCCGCUGCUGCACCCCAACUACUUUGUUCAGACUGUGGAAGUGGACCAGCUGAUUCAGAAUUCCCCAGAGUGCUAUCAGCUGCUGCACGAAGCCAGGAGGUACCACAUCCUUGGAAACGAGAUGAUGUCUCCCAGAACUAGGCCACGCAGAUCAACUGGUUAUUCUGAGGUGAUAGUUGUGGUUGGAGGCUGUGAACGAGUUGGAGGCUUUAAUUUGCCCUACACAGAGUGCUAUGAUCCUGUGACAGGAGAGUGGAAGUCACUGGCCAAACUUCCAGAGUUUACCAAGUCUGAGUAUGCGGUGUGCGCUCUGCGGAAUGAUAUCCUUGUUUCAGGUGGAAGAAUCAAUAGCCGGGAUGUCUGGAUUUAUAACUCUCAACUUAACAUUUGGAUCAGAGUUGCUUCCUUAAAUAAAGGCAGAUGGAGACACAAAAUGGCUGUUCUUCUGGGUAAAGUGUACGUGGUGGGAGGAUACGAUGGGCAGAACCGCCUGAGCAGCGUGGAGUGCUACGACUCCUUCUCCAACCGCUGGACGGAGGUGGCUCCCCUGAAGGAGGCUGUGAGCUCCCCAGCUGUCACCAGCUGUGUGGGCAAGCUCUUUGUCAUCGGGGGUGGCCCUGAUGACAACACCUGUUCUGACAAGGUUCAGUCUUAUGAUCCUGAUACCAAUUCCUGGUUGCUCCGUGCCACCAUCCCCAUUGCCAAGCGAUGUAUCACGGCCGUGUCCCUCAACAACCUGAUCUACGUGGCUGGAGGGCUCACCAAAGCCAUUUACUGCUAUGACCCCAUUGAGGACUACUGGAUGCAUGUACAGAAUACAUUCAGCAGACAGGAGAAUUGUGGCAUGUCUGUGUGUAAUGGAAAAAUCUAUAUCCUUGGUGGAAGACGGGAAAAUGGUGAAGCCACAGACACUAUUCUUUGUUAUGACCCUGCCACGGGCAUUAUCACAGGAGUAGCAGCCAUGCCCAGGCCAGUAUCGUAUCAUGGCUGUGUCACCAUUCAUAGAUAUAAUGAAAAAGGCUUUAAACUGUAACUUCUCUUUUCUUGAAAAAAGAAGAAGAAUGAAUCCAGUGGUCUGCUGCAACACAGGCUUUUUAAAGAUUCCUGAAGUGGGAAUUCCCUGCCUAAGUGUCAUAUGAAAAUUCUAUCCAGUGCCUUUAGAAAAAUGGUUAAUUUAACUUACCAAACAAGUCUACAAUCAUAUCCAGUAAGCAGAGUUCAGUUAUAUCUGCUGUGGGCUCUGAUAUGAGAGCAGGACAGUGGUCAGCAAGUUUGCCCUAUGUGUCAUUAGUAAUUAAAACCUGGAAAGCUUUUGAGGAAAGUGCCUUCAGCAUCUGUGCCUGUGUCUUUAAAAGCAAUAUCUUCAAGGUGUUUCCAGUUCUGCUAAUGGGAAAAAUGCAUAGGCAAGUAAAUCCCAAAGAGUCAUCCUGGAUCAUUACCUGCAAUUUAAAAAGCUCAAUUACAAUUCAUAUGCAUCAUUCUUAAAACCAACUAGAUUUUUUUUGUCACAUCAUGCAUGGGUUGAAAUUAAAAAAAACAAACAAAAACAACAACACAAAAAGCCAAAGCAAAACCAAAACACCAACAAGACAAGCUACAUUGGACAAAUAAGAGAAUCUCUGAGAAAUGCUUUCUUCUGAAGGACAAA